AUGGCCACGGCAGGAGAAAAUUUGAGGCCCAGGUCCAGUCGCCAUGAGUCAAUCCGAUCGGAGGACUGGCCUGAGAGCAUCGCAAUGACUCUCUCCCCGCACCGUGAGCGGAAGCACAGUGGAGAAGGACGAAACGGCGGGGUUAAAAUCUUGAGUGAUGGCCGACUUGAUAUAAAGCUCAACGAGCAUAUGCCACAGCUCGCAGGCCUAUUGAAUCGCAUCCAAACAACAACUGCGCCACCAGACCUAGAGGCUUUAGAGAAUGAACCGACCCCAGAACCAAUACCAAAAGAUGAGGGGAAAGAUUUCCCACUGAAACUGAACAUCGUCAUUCAAGUUAUCGGAUCUCGAGGUGAUAUCCAACCGUUCGUUGCGCUAGGCAAAGAGUUGAAGGCAUAUGGACACCGCGUACGGCUAGCAACACACCUCAUUUUCCGGGAGUUUGUACUGGAGGGCGGCUUGGAGUUCUUCAACAUAGGUGGUGAUCCCGAGGAACUGAUGGCAUUUAUGGUCCAAAAUCCGUCCCUAUUACCCGCAUUCCGCACGAUUCGCAGCGGUGCCAUCCAGAAACGCCGGCGCGAAAUGAAGGAAAUUAUAUACGGCUGUUGGAGAUCAUGCAUUGAAACAGGCGACGGUACAGAUCUGCAUCAAAUCAAAGAGGACCCCUGGAGUGACGAGGUGGACUAUCGUCGAAGGCCGUUUGUUGCCGAUGCAAUAAUUGCUAACCCGCCCAGCUUGGGCCAUAUUCAUUGCGCGCAGCGGCUGGGAGUUCCACUUCAUAUGAUGUUCACAAUGCCCUGGUCGGCUACCCAGUCGUUUCCGCAUCCUUUAGCAGUUCUCCACCCACAGGAAUGCAAGCCAACGGUUGCAAACCUCGUGUCUUAUACCGUUGUAGAUAUGAUGAUUUGGGAAGGUUUGGGAGAUCUUGUCAACUCGUGGCGGAAAAAGUGUCUCGCACUUGAUCCGUUAGAUUCAAUUACAGCGCCAAGUUUACCCCAGCGCCUCGGUAUUCCAUUCUCAUAUCUGUGGUCGCCAGCAUUAUUGCCAAAGCCCCGUGACUGGGCUGAUCAUAUCGAUAUUUGUGGGUUCAGCGUGCUACCUUCAGAGUCAGACUAUAAACCCCCGAAAGAGAUCGCCGAUUUUCUUAAAGCAGGACCCACUCCACUCUACGUUGGAUUCGGCUCUAUUGUGGUGGAAAAUCAAAUCAAACUAACCCAGAUCGUGUUCGAAGCGAUAAAGAACGCCGGCCAGCGUGCAAUCAUCUCAAAAGGCUGGGGAAACCUCGGAGUCGACGAGGUCGAUGUGCCAGAUAAUAUCCUCAUCAUCGGCAGCGUACCACAUGACUGGUUAUUCCGGCAUGUAUCAUGCGUAAUUCACCAUGGUGGUGCGGGUACCACAGCCGCAGGGCUUGCUCUUGGACGUCCAACCAUUAUCGUCCCCUUCUUUGGUGAUCAACAGUUCUGGGGAGGAAUCGUUGCGGCAGCUGGGGCCGGGCCUUUGCCUGUGCCUUACAAGCAACUAACAGUUGAAAAGUUGACCGAUGCCAUCAAGACGGCACUAAAACCUUCAACCCAAGAGAAAGCGCAAAAAAUUGCGAUGAAGAUGCAGACAGAAUCUGGUGUGCAGGAUGGAGUGCGCAGCUUCCAUAGGCAUCUCAAGUUGAAGACUUUACGAUGCGCAAUAUGUCCCACCCGUCCGGCUGUGUGGCACAUUAACCAGACUUCCAUCGGGCUCAGUGCGUUUGCUGCAGCAGUACUGGUUGAAAUGGGGGCCAUCAAACCAGAGAAUAUUGCUUUACACCGAACAUCCGAAUAUGACACAUACCGCAAUCCUGUAGGCCCUGUCAGCGCAGGAGCUCAGGUGCUAAUCGGGGCCAUUGCAAACUUUGUAACCGGGAUCGGUGAGGUGCCUUAUGAAAUCUUUACAGAUUUUGUCACCGCUGGUCGUGCAAUAGGUCAGACUCGUAAGGAGAAUGAUUCCUCGAGAAGAUUUUCAUGGCGGAGGAAACACCGCAGAAGUCAAGAUUCAAGCCUGGGUAGUGAUGAGGAGCAGUAUCACGAGUCUGCCGAGUAUCAACAGCCUGCUGCAAAUUAUCAGCCUUCCGAGCACCAACAGCCUGCCGAAAACUAUCAGCCUGCCGAGUAUCGCGAACCUGCUGAGUAUUAUGGGCCUGGUCAGUGCCAAGGACUUGGUGGGUCAAAUGACGAUAAUGAUGAUGGGAUAAGCCUCGAUACGAACGACGAUGCGGCCGACAACGCGAGAUACAACAAAAUGAACAAUAAUUUAUCAGCUAGUGCCGUUGGCCAGAAACAGGGCCUGCCGCUUGAUCAAUCAGAACUCUUGAGCUAUCUAGAGUCACCUCAGGGGACUGGUGUUAUCUACGAAAUACGCAAUCACAGCAGUCGAAUGUCGAAGAAAUUCUUGAAAAGCUUAAUUUGGCUCCCAACAGACCUUACGCUUAGCAUGUCCAAAGGAUUCCACAAUGCGCCGAAACUGUACCAUGACCAAAUGGUCACAGACACACCGAAAGUUGUUGGUUUCCGGAGUGGACUCCACGCAGCUGGAACGGAAUUUCGAGAUGGAUUUUACUACGGUAUCACGGGCCUGAUUACCCAGCCUCAGUAUGGUGCCAAGCAUCAAGGAGCGAAAGGGAUGUUUAAGGGAAUUGGGAAAGGAAUUGGCGGUGUUUUCCUUAAGCCCCCAGCAGGUCUCUGGGGACUCUUUGGAUAUCCCUUAGUUGGGCUUCGCAGAAAGCUGCAAAAAUCUUUAGGCAGGUCCCAGGAGCUUGGCAUUAUGGCAUCUCGGAUAGCGCAAGGUAUUGAAGAUAUGCAAGCAUCUACCCCUGACGAACGUGCAGAGGUUGCUAGAAAAUGGCACGUUCUUGAAGAAGAACUUCGUGCCUCUUACUGA